UUCACUAUCCAGAUGUCAGGUAGUUUUUUUUUGUUUUUUUUAAAGCAAAGUUAAAUACGUUUAGGUGAGUGAGCCGGAAACUGUGUAAUGGGUUGAGAGUAACAGAGAAUAUGGUAAGCUUUCUGUGAUGUCACCUGGGAGAGUGCUCCGCUAUAUAAGACUGAGCAAAUCAGGAGGGGACCAUGAAGCAACUCCAGAAGCCAGGAAAAGGGACACCAAACGACAAGCCUCAUAAUUUCUCUCAAACGCUCAACAGAAAGGAGCACAGAGGUUUAAACAAUGAAAACUGGCAGGUGCCUGACCAGGAUACAGACCGAAACUCUCUGUCAUCGAGUGAAAAUUCAAUGUUUAAUGGACCCAUUGAGUUCCCAAACAUGAAGAGGCACUCAGAGGGAACAUUUUCCAAUGAUUACAGUAAAUAUCUGGAGACAAGAAGAGCACAAGACUUCGUCCAGUGGUUGAAAAACUCCAAAAGGAAUGGGAGUCUGCUCCGACGUCAUGCAGACGGUACCUACACCAGCGACGUGAGCUCCUACCUGCAGGACCAGGCAGCCAAGGAGUUUGUGUCCUGGCUGAAGACCGGCCGCGGCAGAAGAGAGUAGAUUCAAACUGAGAAGUCCUCCUCUCAAAAUAAUGCAACUACUCUCUGCUGAUUCUUUGCCAUUAUGUAUGUUCCACAAUCUGUAGUUCCUCCUGAUAAUGUCAUCAGAUUCCCCUCUCAAGAAGACCCUCAGCUGUUGAAGGAAAUGCUGUGAAAAUGCAAAAACUUUAGAAAUGCAUCUCAAUCAUAAAUGCUGUUGGAAAUUUUACCAAGCAGUCAUUAUUUUUUACUGUUUGUCAGUUGAAUCUCCCUGUUAACAUACAUGUGGAGGAGUAUGUAGCAACAUCCCUCACCUUUGAUCUUCUUUGAGAACUUUUGUGGAUAGUCUUGAGAUUUUUUUUCUCGAAUGUCACAUUCUGUUUUCAAUAAAGAAAUGUGUACGAUCCAUCAGUUCCCUUUCUAAUACAUCAAAAUCCAGAGGGGUGGUUUAAAAUAUCUUUGGAGUUUUUUUCCACAGAAUAUUCAGAGAAUAAGUUAUGUCAAAUGCACCAAAUACAUUAAAUGAUGUCGAAUAAGAAUUAAACAAUGCACGUAUUAAUCAGCCACAAUUUCAAGAACAGUUUGAGGACCAUUUUGAUCCGUGUUUUGUCAUUAGAAGUGAUUCUGCAGUGU